AUGGCAAUGCCUGGAUAUGCCCUUAUCACAGGCGGUGGGUCCGGUAUCGGCCUUGCUACUGCUUUGCUGCUUGCCCGUGAGGGUGCUUACGGCAUCGCGUUGGCCGAUAUUGAGGAAGUCCAGUUGAAAGGAGCCAUCGCUGAGAUCGAGGCGGUAGCAACCAAUGAUGAGUUUCAGUGCAUCGCGAUCCUCGUGGACGUGCGCAAGGCCGAGUCUGUGGCGGAAAUGGUCAAGAAGACGGCUGAUGCUUUCGGUCGCGUGGAUUACGCUGUCAACAGCGCAGGCAUCGGGUAUAAGAAGCUAGGUGUUGAGACGGAAGCGCUCGACUGGGAGCGGGUGAUGGCUGUCAAUCUCACAGGUGUUUUCAAUUCGACAAAGGAAGAGAUGCGACAGAUGCUUAAGCAAGAGCCAAUUCAAAAGGCGCGAUAUCUAGACGCACCCGCGCAGCGCGGUGCUAUCGUCAACGUCUCCUCAAUAGCUGGUCAUAUUGGGAUACAACAAUCCAGCGCCUAUGUUGCUUCUAAACAUGGCGUUGUUGGGCUUACAAGAACAUUUGCGCUCGAGAACCCCCAAGUCAAGAUCAACGCGAUCGCACCAGGAUACAUCAAGACUCCCAUGACAUCGGAGCCUGGGGAGAUGAGCCGCAACGCCCGUGAAAAGGUUGCCAACUGGACGGCAUUACAACGAUUUGGCCUGCCAGAGGAGGUUGCAGAAGCUAUCUUAUGGCUACUGAGCAGCCGUAGUAACUUUGUGCAUGGCACUUCCUUGGCGAUCGACGGUGGCUAUCUCGCCCACUAG